ACCGGUAGAAUUUGGUUAGCAAAUAUAAUAGUAAAAUUGUGGAAGAAGGGCCUUGGCCUAUUGCAAUUUCUACCCCAGCCUUAAAAGCAGGAAAUGCUUAUCUACGCCCCUCCUGAUCAAACGGAUAAAUUUUCAGUAAUGAAUGUAAAGAAAGGAAUGAGGUGAGAGGAGGAGCAACAUACAGAGAGGAAGGGAGGCGGAGAGAGAGAGAGAGGAAGAAGUAACCGGCUUCUAGUUGACGCAAUGAUGGAAACCCAUGUUUUGGUUAAAUCACUCUGAAAGCAGGUGGGAUCAUGCGAUGUCACUUCCAGGUGAGUACCCAUCGAAAUCUUCUAUCGCAUUCCGCUGAUUCCUGGUUGAACGCCACAUUCUUGUCAAAUUCGAGGAAAACGUUAUAGAAAUCUUAUGCUUGAGGGAAGUCCGAAUUCGUUCGGGAUCAUGAGUUGAGAAAUUAUGGGAAACGCCAACGAUUUUCAGUUUUUGAGCUUCUGAGCGGUACCAAUCUGUCGUUGUUGUGGGAUUGUGAGUGAGAAGUUACUUGAGUACGAUCCGGCAUGAGAUUUAGGUACUGGGUCUGACUCUUGGCGUAUGAGCAUCGGCGUUUAGGGUAAUGAAUCGAGCUUCAUCGUUGAAGCUAGACCCCUGUUCCCGGCCUGAUUUGAUUGCUCUUAGGAGAUGGGUGGUCGCCUUUUGCAUCAUCCGGUUCGAUUUAGAGCAGGGUCAGGUGAUUGAGGAGUGCUUCCCUCCCGCUUCCGUCAGCCAAGAUGAGGAGCUCAACGUCGCUUUCAGCUCCUUUCCCGAUUCCAUGUCUCAGAAUCAGAACAGCGCGAGCAUCCAUGACUGUAUGUUCUUCUUUCGAUUCCGGAGGCGAGGGACCGCACCAGAUGCCCUCAAGGCACAGGAAGACUCUGUACCACCGGAUACUGUCAGGCCACUUAAUGUAGAAACAAGGUCCAACGUGGAUAAUUCUGACGUGGUAUCGAGUACAGGAGAUGAUGGCAAUGAUGAGGGUGGAAGUGGUGGUUGGACGAAUUCUUCUGUUCUGAGUGCUUUGGCUUCUGUUCUUUCUCCGAGAUCGAUUGGCGGCGAGUCAAGUGGGAAACAAGUUUUCGAUUCUGCGGAGUUGCAUAACUCACCCCCUGUGGAGCAUCCUCAUUUGAGUGAGGAUCAUCCUCCUGCAAUGCAGAGAGUGGGUAGCCAGAAUGCUUCUGGUACUGACGGUAACGAUUUCCUCUAUGGAUAUGUUUUUAAUAGGCAGAGACAGGAUCAGAGGUUGAAGCGCGGGGGGGAGCAGAAGUCGGUUGUCAUCUUGACACGUAAACCAUUUUCGAGUGUCUUCAAGCCUUUGUUGCAGAUACUGGGGCCUUUGUGCUUUGAUAUUGGUAAAAAAGCUCUUGAUCAUGUGGCAACCUUCGUUUCACGUUGGCCGAGCCCCGUUCUUGGUGAAUUGAUGGAUCUUCCUAUAGGCAGUGCUUCACUGAAGGCUUAUCUUCCUCCUGCGUGCAGCUUGACUUCUGAUUAUGGGAGCUCCUAUGACGAGUUUGUUUCAGCAAUGGCUCCAUUUCCACCUUUGAAUCACUCUAUCCCCCAAGGGUUGUUUCAUGAGGCUGAUCUUUUUGGAAUGUUCAGGGGAAUUAUAUUGCAGAUAUGGAUGCUGUGGGAGCUGUUGAUAAUUGGUGAACCAAUGCUCAUCAUUGCACCAACGCCUUCCCAGUGUUCUGAAGCUGUUGCCUGCAUUGUUAGUUUGGCUGCACCUCUUCCUUGUAGUGUAGACUUUCGUCCAUAUUUUACUAUCCACGACCAUGACUUUUCUCAUCUUAAUUCCUUAAAGGAAGGAGAUCAGUUUCCACCAAUGAUUCUUGGGGUGACCAAUUUUUUCUUUCUCAAGGCUCUUCGUAGCAUUCCUCAUGUUGUCUCAGUUGGUGGUUCUGUUGCUAGUUCCAGUAAGACUCCAAUGGCUGCAAGAUCUUCUAACGGAAGAAAGCAGGACCAACAGGGUCUUCAGUUGUCAUCUUUGAAGAAGUUUUCACCUUCAAAUCUAAUACAUGCUGUGAAAAUGAGGAGGGAUGGACCUCUUAGCUUGAUGACGGAGCACAAGGAAGCUGUUUGGAGCACCUAUCAACCAACAACAAAGCCAGACACUGCUGUCUUAAAUAGACUUGUUGAUGCAGGUGUUACUCCAAGAGUUGAAGAGUCGAUGUCUGUUGUCAAUAAUGAGAUUUUGCGCCGGCAUUUUCUAGAGCUCACUACCAAUUUUCUCGCUCCUUUUGGUCCUUAUUUGAGAGUUACAACACCUUCUGAAGGAACUUCUCCUUUUGUUGAGCCUCCUUCAUUGCCAUCAUUUCACACUCAUGAAUUUUUGGGAAACCUUUCAGAGCGAGGACCGGGAAAGUUUUUGUCAAAAAGGAUGCGAGCUAAUUGGCUGGAUCUAUACAGGCACUUCUUGAAAGGCCGUAAUUUCUCACCGUGGUUCCAAAGAAGACGUGCUGCUGCAGAGCAAGAACAACAUCGCUUAUGGAGGCAGGCCAGGAUAAGAGCAGAUGUACGCCAAAUUACAGCAAAAAUGUCUGAGCUUGAGAUGGUUGACUCUUUCCAUGCUAUAGAACGAUACUAUCAGCGGGAACUUGAGUCUAUGCGAUCUGGACGGGGAUGUGAAGAUUCUGUACUAGCAUGCCGCAAACUGAAGGGUGAUUUGCAGAUAGUUUUCAAUGUUUUGCCAAAGGAUGUGCAACAGCUCUUGCUUCUCAAUCCACAGAGAGCUGCUCUUCUGCAAGGCAGCUUGGAGAAGUCGAGAGUUCCUGGCCACCCUUCAGUUGUGAGCGUCGCUCUGGAAAAAAGCUUUUCAGGUUCAGCUCGGUAAUGAAAGAAAUUUGGUGCCAUUACAUUCUCUGCACAGCCAUCUCAUUGUUCCAAAGAUGCAGAAAAGAAAAGAAGCAGUGCCAUGUUGCACAGUAUGGCGAUGGUGGGCAAAUCCUGCUUUUAACAAAGAAUAUCUCAUCUUUGCUCUCUUUUCAAGCAGUCCUUUUUAUAUUCUUCCUUGAGGUGGUGAUUUUUGUCUCUCAGAAUUCAUUUGUCUUUUUUUUGUCUCCAAUUGUUUGUUGGCAGGAAUUGGUUUCCUUCCCAUGCUUUCUAGGUUGUUGUAAACCGAUUGACGGUUGAACCGUUUGCUCCAAUUAAAAUGAUAUAAGAUUGUAUUAAUUCA